UGGUUACGUUUAGGGGGCAUUGACUUUUACCCGCCACCAUUACAAGACGAAGACGGUCUUCCUUAAUGCAUUAUUUCAUUCAUUCGUCUUUUAGUCUCCCAUUUCAACAAAUCCGUAAUCUGAUCUUCACACACGGCGAGGGACAAAGGACUCUCUCAUCUCUCGUAAUAAAGACGCAGCCUUUUUAUACCAACUCUUCCCAAGUAGCUUCAAGUUUCUCUCUCUCUCUCUCUCUUUUGCUUGGCUUCAGCAGCGCUCUUCCAAAUUUAGGAUCUUUCUGAGAAACAGGUCACAGGUCUCUGUCUUACAUUGAUGGGUUGCUCCUGGUUCGCAUGUCUGAGUGGAGAAGCUAGAGAAGUUGACGGAGAAAUAGCAGCGAUAGACAACGUAAAGAUAUUUAAAUACAGAGAGAUACGUCAGGCCACUGAUGAUUUCAGUGCUGAAAAUAAAAUUGGAGAAGGAGGUUUUGGUUCUGUGUACAAGGGCCGUCUUAAAGAUGGAAAGCUAGCGGCUAUCAAAGUCCUCUCGGCUGAGUCAAGACAAGGUGUAAAAGAAUUCUUGACUGAGAUCAAUGUGAUAUCCAAAAUACAACAUGAGAAUUUGGUUGAGUUGUAUGGAUGCUGCGUGGAGGGGAUUCACAGGAUUCUUGUUUACAACUUUCUUGAGAACAAUAGUCUUGAUAAGACGCUUCUAGCUGGUGGCUACACUCGGAGUGGGAUACAGUUUGAUUGGAGAAGUCGAGCCAAUAUUUGCGUUGGGGUUGCUAAAGGUCUUGCCUUUCUUCAUGAAGAAGUACGGCCACACAUAAUCCAUAGAGAUAUCAAAGCAAGCAACAUUCUACUCGACAGAUAUCUAUCUCCUAAGAUCUCUGAUUUUGGACUCGCUAGGCUUAUGCCACCUAACAUGACUCAUGUCAGCACUCGUGUCGCUGGUACAAUUGGUUACUUAGCACCAGAGUAUGCGGUUAGGGGACAGUUGACGCGUAAAGCAGAUAUAUACAGCUUUGGAGUCCUUCUGAUGGAGAUAGUCAGUGGAAGAAGUAACAAAAACACCCGGUUGCCGACGGAAUAUCAAUAUCUUCUGGAAAGAGCUUGGGCGCUUUAUGAGCGGAAUGAGCUCGUGGAUCUAGUUGAUUCAGGUUUAAAUGGAAUCUUUGACGCAGAGGAAGCUUGUCAGUACCUAAAAAUUGGUCUUUUGUGCACACAAGACAGUCCUAAGUUAAGACCAAGUAUGUCCACAGUGGUGAAGUUUCUAACAGGGGAGAAGGAUAUAGACUACAAGAAAAUAAGCAGACCGGGUUUGAUAUCUGAUUUCAUGGAUUUAAAAGUGAGAGGACCGGUGGCAACAAAGGCAGAGCAAGUGAACAGACAAAACUACACAAACCCUUCUUCUUCAUCAAAUGCCUCGUCUAGAGAUCACUCAAAUGCUUACUCAUCAGGUGCUUCAUCAGCUAAUGCUGGUAAUACAUUCAGCAGUACCAUUUGAAAGAAAAAAAGAAAAAACAAUAAAUCCCUUUUUUUAAUUUUUCUUUGAUUUCUGUUUUUUGAGAUGUAAAUGGGAAAAGGAGGAGUUUGAUGUCUCUGCGUCUCUCUCUUCUUUUUCUUUUUUCUUUUGGUUUUCUGUUAGCUUUUUUGAGCUGAUAACGACUGCAGAAAAGGCGGUCUCUGGCUCGCUGUUGUUCAAGUACGUCUUACAUCUGCAAAACAGAGAUUUGAGUGUAUGUAUGUAUAUGUAUAUAUCCAUAUAGAUUGAAGUUGGAAUCUGUUUCUCUUA